ACGAGCGAGAAGUUGUCGUCGACGGUGGUGGUGGUGGCGGUUGCGAUGGUGGUGGUAGUCGACGAAGGGUGCAGCUAGGUCGGUAGGUACGCGUAGGUAGGGCAAAGAGCGGCGCAGGUGUAGGGCCUGGCGUGGACGGCGCUGAGCUUCUGUGGUGGUUGAUAUCGACCCGCGUGAAGGGUCGUAGCUGUCGGGUGGUUCGCAUGGCGCAAGUCUGAACGGGAACGAGGGUGGAGGUGGCGAUCGUGGAGAGAAGAGACGGACGGAGAGAGCGGGUCCGGUUCUCUCCGAAGGAGAGACGAGAGGAGCUACCGGCAGUAGUACCCCGGCCAGUACCCCGCGCGGCGGGUGCAGCUGCAUCCGAAAAGCCGUGUGUGUGAGAGUGCGUGAGAGUGGCGAUAGUUGGCGUGUGUGUUCUUCAAGUUCGGCGAUACCGAUUCACGAGGGUGGAGCACGUAAGGUGGUGGCUCCGUGACGAGGCGUCGUCGAGUCAGCAGCAUCCGGAGUGUCCUGCGUUCGCUGGUGACGUUCGCGCGACCGAUGUCUCAGCAACGUGUCUGCCCAGGCGACGCCGACGACAGGAACAGGAGGAAUGUGAUUUAGAGAGUGUCAGGAGAAGAGUGAGUGUGCGUGUGUGUGUGCACGAGGGAGGGAGAGAGAGAGUAACGGCGCCAUGUUACGAAGACAAGAGACCUCGAACGAGGAUUCGUACCUGAGCGCGGGCAGGCCGUCGAACCUCCUGCGGACCAGCUUCAGCAGCGCCAAACUAGAGACGCUCUAUCGUGCUUCGUCCCUUCAGCAAAGGCGGGGUGGCCUCGAGUGUUUCCUCUUGUCGGCGCUUCUCUAUGGCGCGCAGACGAUCAUCGUGCCCGGUCUCGAACUGCUGGUCCGAGGACUCACCGCCGUCUUCCUGGGACUGAACCUUGGUCUCCUGGCCUGGGCCAAGUGCAACCCCAGAGCCAAGGAUGCGCUCUGGUCGGUGGUCCCUCACGUGGCCUGGCUGCUGUCCACCGCACAGCUACUCGCUCAGCUGUUCCUCAAGUCCACCGAGGUCACGCCUAGGAACGGACUAGACUGGCUGUUGCUCUUGCUCUACCUACUGUUCGCCACCCUGCCCCUCAGGCUCUCCCUAUGUGCCUUGCUCGCUUUCGGCACCACGCUCACUUACAUCGUCUCCGUGGUUGGACUCUCCAAGGCACCCGCCCAGAUACCCAUCGAUGUCUUGGGGCUAACACUGACGUUAUCCGUCGGUGCGAUGUUGCUGGGCGCUUCCAGUUACUCCUUGACGGAGUUCCAGCAACGUCGAGCCUUCCUGGAGACGAAGCAGAGCCUAGAGGUUCAGCUGGUGAUCGAAGAGCAAAGCGCCGAGCAAGAGAGGCUGCUUUUGAGCGUGUUGCCUGAACACGUCGCUGUGAAAAUGCGACAGGAUCUAGGUGCCUCGUUGGACACGCAGUUCAAGAAGAUCUACAUGUCCAGGCACGAAAACGUAUCGAUCCUGUACGCGGAUAUCGUCGGUUUCACGGCCAUCUCAUCCACGUAUAGCGCCAGUGAACUUGUGAAGAUCUUAAACGAGUUGUUCGCGAGAUUCGAUCAACUUAGCGAGAGGUACGAGCAGUUACGAAUAAAAAUCCUGGGCGACUGUUACUACUGCAUCAGUGGAGCACCGGUCGAAAGGUCAGACCACGCUGUUCUCUGCGUGUACAUGGGUCUAUCUAUGGUGGAUGCCAUCAAAUACGUGCAACAGACGACCAACAGUCCCGUGGAUAUGCGGGUGGGCAUACAUACUGGUGCAGUUUUGGCCGGUGUGCUCGGUCAAAGACAGUGGCAGUUCGAUGUUUACAGCAAAGACGUCGAACUGGCGAAUAAGAUGGAGAGCAGUGGAAGGGCAGGGAGGGUGCACAUCUCGAACGUGACACUGAGCUUUCUGAACGGGGAAUUCGAGGUCGAGCCAGCCCACGGCGAGGACAGAGAAGAGGCACUCAAGAAGGCGGGCAUCGUCACUUACUUCAUAGUGCGAGCGUUGAAACCCUUCAAGCCAGCUGUGACGAAGAGUCUUGCCUCACUGACGAACGCGGAAAAUUCGAGAAGGUCGAUGGAAAACACCAGGGACGGAAGGUACAACAAGGAAGACACCGAAGAGUUCUGGCAGAGGCUACGAAAGGAACUCGACAGCAAAGGCGGAGUAGCGGACCUGAAGGGGCACGCGCAUUGGUUCUCGCUACGUUUCAAAGACAAGAAGGUCGAGUCCGCGUUUCACAAUGCUGAAGAAGCAUUCUCGCCCUUGUCAUUGCUAGGAGGACCGUUGGUAAUGGUCUGUUCGUCUCCGGUAUGGAGGUUUCAACCCUGGGGACCAUUCACCUGGGGCGGAAUAGUAGUGGUUACUUUGUUCGCCAUUGUUUUGGGUGGGGCCACUUGCUUGGGCAGCGCUGUCAAGGCUAUGUGGCUGAGGAGGACACUUGCUUUGCUGAUGAUCUUCUCUCUGGGGGAUUUUCUGCUUCUGGACAUGUUCAACUGUGUGGUGAUCGAGGAGGUGAUGCCUCCCCUAAACGCUACCAUAACGUUGUCAACAAGGUGUCCAUAUCCCUCUUACUACUCCUACAUGGGCGUGCUGACGCUGGUGGCGAUCUCUAUGCCGAAUUACAUCUACUACCUGGGCAAAGCGUAUCUGAUGUUCGGGAUAGCAGGUAUCCAGUGCUUUGUCAACAUUUAUCCACUGGGAGCCAGGCUCGAUUGGGAAGAUUAUGCUUCGUCUCCUCUUGAACCGCCAUCUUUUCCUUCGAAGUACUACCUGUCUGCCACUCUCUUCGUCGUGGCCAUCUGUUUGGUCAUCGUGUCCAGAUAUACGGAGAAAUCGAGGAGGAUGCUGUAUCUGAGGGGUAGGGAGGUGGUGGCUCAAAGGGAGAGAGCAGCCGAUAUGAAGCGUAGAAACGGUGCCCUUAUUUACAACAUCCUGCCACCCCAUGUGGCCGCUUACUUCCUGUCAGGCGCGAGACACCACGACGACCUGUACAGCCAGAGCUACUCCGAGGUGGGGGUGUUAUUCGCCAGUAUGCCGAACUUUGCGGACUUCUACAGCGAGGAGAGCAUAAACAACCAAGGUCUCGAGUGUCUUAGGUUCCUAAACGAAGUCAUAUCGGAUUUCGACGCGAUCCUCGACCAGACAAAGUUCCAAGACAUCAUAAAAAUCAAGACAAUAGGUUCGACAUAUAUGGCAGCAUCGGGGAUAACGGAAUCGGUAGAGUCCGAGAACACGCCUCGAUGGGGUCAUCUCUCGACCCUCGUCGAGUUCGCGUUGGAACUGAAGAAAGCAUUGUCCAGCAUCAACGAGCAGAGUUUUAAUCACUUUGUCCUAAAAAUGGGUAUUAAUCACGGUCCAGUAAUUGCCGGAGUUAUCGGAGCGAGAAAACCUCAUUACGACAUCUGGGGUAAUACCGUGAACGUGGCGUCUAGGAUGGAGAGCACCGGAAAAGUUGGUUGUAUCCAGGUGACGGACGAGACCCGGAAGAUCCUGGAGCCAUUCGGUUUCGGUUUCGAGCAACGUGGCAUGGUGUUCGUGAAGGGCAAAGGCCAAUUGCUCACUCACUAUCUGGUAUCGAAAGAUGGCGUGUCCUUGAACCUGGACAGUGACCUGCCAGUCGAACCUACUCAUCCCAUCAUCUACCAGUAGGCUAAUACUCGAAGGCUCUAAAAACUUCAACGUAAACUGUAGGUCGUUCGCGAUGGAACCCUGUCGAGGUUUCUUUCUUUCUCUCGAGAACCCUCUAAGAGGUUGUGCGAGACUACGACGAAGAAAGAGACGGAAAAGGAUGAACUCGAGACUUGUUCGAAAAAUGCUGAGAGAAGAGGACUCGAAAGAACGAAGACACGAAUCUGUCGAGAAACAGGCCCGGGCAAUUCUGAUCAUUUGACAAUCGAUUAAAUCGUUACUCUCGGUUUUCAUAGAUUUUUCAGUGUCACGUGUUUUAGCCUUUCAACCGGACGGAGUUCACAAUCGAUACAGAAACCGUCGAGCAGCCACCCGCAGAAAAAUUCUUACCGCUGUUACCGAUAAUCGCAGUCUAAUCGAGGAACGUGUUGUUCAUGACGAACAGGGUACAAAUCGAAAAAUAAGUAGGAUUAGGAUGAUAUCGACGUUUGGAACUGUCUCGAUGGAGGGUGAACGAUCGAACUACUCGUGCUUUUUCAUCUGUGAAGUGUUUUCGUGGAGAGUAGUUGGAAAUUAGGCCUUUAACGGAGUCCUAUUUUACGUAGAACAGUGGAUUUAUCAGAGAAAAAUCGAUUCGAUGAAAAUGAAAGGGAACGAAUCGAUCAAUUUCUGGUUAUGGUAGUGUCUAGGUGAGCAAAUUUUGGUUAAUUCUGUAGGAAUUGGAGAAUGUAGUAAUUGAGGAAGUUAGGAAUUGGGAAAUUUCAGGAGCGAGUUCAUAACGUUGCAAAUGUGGGGUUUCGGAAUGUGGGGCGCAACACCUAAGGCACUACUGUAAUUAGACGAAAAUGAAGCGAAUGCAUAUCCAGUGGAAGCGUAAUUAGAACCAGUGAUUAAUGUCAGCUCGAGAGAAACAUGUUUAGUCGAAUAUCGAUCAUUCUCGUUACUCAAGAGUCGAUAUGUAACUUAAGAAAGUGUCUAGGUCAUAAUCGUUGUGGUAGAUACGUACGGUUCUCGGUAAUCGUGACUCUAUUUUUCUAGAUUACGCGACGAGCACGUUCGAUAAUAAAUGAGCUAAAAGUGGCGUCGACGGUCAAUUAGUGGUAGGUCUUUUUCCUAACGUGGCUUGCGAAAAAUCCUCACUUCUUUCUCUACGAAGAGUGUCCAGCAAGUAAAGUUUAGGGAAACUAAAUACUUUAUGGAUACUCUGUUACAUGGACUAUUAGGGUCGUCAAAUAGGUGCUUUCUUAUGAUCUCAAUCGAUUUGUUGUAAUACAGUGUCACAAGAAAAAUUUCGAAGAGAUUGUACAUUUGGGUACAACCUGUAGGGGAAGAUUAUACAUGUAAUCUUAAAUUUUCAAAUUUCUAAACCUCAACAUUUCCAAGAUCUCAAAUUUCUAAAUUACAAAGUGAAGUCCCCCAUUAAGAAUGCAAAAGUGGUAGAGCCUCUUUCCCCUGUGUCGGCAAUUUCCCUAGGAAGCUUACUAUGUUGGCCACUGUACAACAAAUAGAGAAACAAAGAAAGUCGAGGCCUGAAUGGCUUGCCUGCUGAUCGCAGGUUUUCAUGAUCGAAUCCGAAGGGAUUACGAAUCGAAUUCGUUCAUUUUUUUCUGGGAAUUCUCCCAGUCCAAUUGUUGUAGCAAAUUCUCUAUACACUUGUUGUGUAAUUGGUCGAAUCAUACGAUUUUCACGGUGAAAUUGUUAAUAAUAAUCAAAUAGUCGAGAAGGUGGUUUGUAACUUAUAGAGUAAUUGAACUUUGAAAAGGUGCAAUUAUAAUUGUACAGUGAAAAAAGCUGAUGUGUUGUGUAGUUCGAUAUAUGUGUAUCGUUUAGAGGUACUAUUUAUCGAUGGUUCGAGAUACAUUCUCGACUAAUCAAUACACACACGAUAUUUCAAAUACUUUCGGUAUCGAGCAUAUAUGAAAGUACAUAGGAACUGUGUUGCGCCAUUUGUAAACUUCUCUCGUAGAAGACUCCAACAAAACAAUAAACUUUGUUGCUAUCGCAGCUUUGUUUCGUGUGAAGGGAAAAUCGACUUUUACAAAGUGCGGAGAAACAUCGACUCGAAAGAUAAACUUCAACGAAAUUGUGUACGUACUUCGAGAACAGACACGCACAAAGGUGUGGGGUUAGAUGCUGUUAAAAGUAUAAGCGCUGUUUCAACGAUUUAUAUCAUCGAUGAGCUUUAAUGUACUUUCCUUACGUAUGAUUCAGUAAUAUUCGAUGAAAAUUGCACGAAUAUUUUGAAUUGGAAAAGUGCUUGCAUAUUUAGCAGCACGAGAACGAUGGUGAAUAUGGAGGUCCAUUAUUUUGGACUUGCAAAAGUUUCUAUAAUUUUGAAUUCGACUAUAGUUUUCUAGAUUUUCUAGAUGUUUCAUGAAUGCAUUGAUCACCGUUAAACGAUGUCUGAGAUCAAAAUAAGGCAAUUUGGGUCUAUCGUUUAAUUCGAAGGUGUUUUCGUUUCAAAUUAGUCUUAUUUUGCACUCAAGAUUCGUUUACUAAAUAUUUUCACGGAUAUCUCGUAUCGGGCCGUUCAUAGUAUACUCGAUACGAUAAUUUAUUUUUCUACACUUUGAGUACAAACUCGAGUACGUACAACGCACACGAUUGAGAAGAAACGAAGGUGCGAUUUAAUCCUUUCGUCUGAUUCUCUUAGGACUGUGAUGGGCACAGUGCACGAGAAAUUUGAAAUUUCUGCACUCCGUGGGUUUCUACGGGUCCUUAAUUUGCCCAUCGUUAGAACACGAAAUUAGUCCAAAUGGAUGAAGAAACAAAUAGUGUGAUUAUAGAAACGAGAAAGCACGGCCUAAGCGCGAUAAAGUGGAUAAAUUAGGUGUAGAUCAGAACGGAGAAUCAAAACGAACUCUCUCGAAGGAAAAGAUACUUCCUUUAAAUUUUUAUUUCGUAAUCUUCUCCAAAUUUUACAGUGUCCUCGUGUGAAAGUCUAGUUCUGUAGAAAUAUUUAUAAUUUAAUUUCCUUCGUCAGAGUUUCCGAAUCGCACAAAAAGAGGAUAGUAGAGGAAACAUUAAACGCUGGAUCUCAACUUUUUCCACUGAUCGCGUAUUUCCGGUUUCAUACUCACGCUUGACACAAUCGACACAUAAUCGUACACUCUCCACGCAUGUACACAACAAUCAAGAGAAAUGACAGGAGAGGCGAAGAGACGAGAGGAAAGACGGAGAGUCGGAGAUCAUGUAAAGUAGCAAUACAGGGAAUUCUCGUGUACAUAUAUUGCAUAUAAUAAUAUUAUUAAUACUAAUAACGAUAAAAGAAAGAAAAUACAAAAAAUAGAAGAAAUAAAUUGAUGGGUCGAACGAAACCAAAAAACGACUGUUUUCUUUUCUUUAUUCGACGACCCGGCCGAAUGCGUGUAUAGUCGUGUAAGAUGAAAUUAUAUCACUGUAGAUAUACUAGCACCUUAGAUGUGAGACUUCGAAGAGGGAACACUUGUUGUAAACUUUCAAAGGUAUAACUUCUUCAGGCUGGGACACGCCGGGGACUCUGAGUCGAGCGGAAUGCGACUGUAAAAUAAUAAAAAUGGCUUCUUCGCCGAUGUAAAAUUA